CUCGGCACAAGCAUCCGUUAACGUUGGACAGAUUUCGUGGGGUGUAGCCACGUCACGGGGGCCGUGGAGAUCGAGAUGUAGGACGACCGUCCACGCUCAGCGCUUCCCAAUUCCCCACCACCACGUCUCCUCCCGUCACUCCUUCCCCCCGCUCUACCACGGUUCCCCUGACCUUCGUAUUCUCUUCAGUAUGGCCGUAGCUAAAACUAAGACUGCUUCUUCUAACGGCGCAAACAAGAAGGCGAAGUCCGCUGCCCAGCCCGCCAACGGGAACUCAGCGAACGGCAGCACCAGCCCUGCGCCUGUUACUCCAGUGGAGGCUUCCUUCGAAUUCGCGACAUACGGACCAGGCAGGCCGGACAAGGCUACGUAUGAGAAGGAACAGGAACGGAUCAAGGCUCAAAUCGACGCUGUCCAGGUCAAGGUGUCCGUUGUGAGGGAGAAGAUCAACCUCGCUACCAAGCCCGGCGGUAACAAUGACAAGAGGACUCUUCUUCGCGCUGAGCUGGACAGCAUUCGUGACCAGCAGUCGUCGAGCAAGGUUUCCCGUACCAAGAUCUUUGAGCAACUGAAGGCUAUUCAGGACGGUGUUCAGAAGAAGAUCAAGGACCUGAACGCUGCUAAGGCGAAGGCACCGUUCAAGACCGUGGACGAAGUUGACGACCGGAUCAAACUGCUCGAGAGGCAGGUGGAGUCCGGUAACCUGAAGCUCGGUGACGAGAAGCGUGCCUUGGCGGAGAUCAGCCAGCUCAAGCGCACCCGCCGUAUUGUCGAGGGCUUCCAGGCUGAGCAGGACUCGAUAGAGGCCGAGCGUGCUAAGGCUGAUGAGCUUAAGAGGCAACUCGACGACCCCGAGGCUAAGGCCGCGUCCGAGCGUUAUGACGCACUGAAGGCCGAGCUCGACGAGAUGAAGAAGGAGGGUGACGAGCUUGCGGCCAACCGGAACAAGCUGUUCGAUGAGCGCAACAAGCUCUCCGCCGAGCUCGAUGUACUGUACAACCGCAAGCGCGAGUCGGUGCAGGCGUUCCGCGAGGCCAAUGACAAGUACUUCGCGAAGGUGAACGAGGAGCGUGCACGUCGGGCGGAGCGUGCCCGGGCUCAGCGUGCUGCAGACGAGGAGGCCAAGAAGAAGGAGUUGGCUGAGCAGAUCCGGGAGGAGGCGGAGGCGCCUGCGUUCCAGGCGCAGGUCGAGGAUUGCCAGACAUUGGUCGACUACUUCUCAGGCAAGACGUCCGCACCCAGCUUGUCCUCUGAGAAGGAGGACAAGAGCGUUGCUGGUGUCCCAAAGCUCGAGAUCCGGAAGGUCGAUGCUGCUCCGGGCGAGGGCAUGGUUGUCCACAAGAAGAGGGACGACGAUGAGGCCGACUACUUCGUCGCGAAGUCGCGGAAGGGUCAAAAGGCGCAGAAGGGUGGGGCAAAGGCCGCACCGGCGGCAGCAGAGAGCACCAACGCGAGCGACGCGUCGGGCAGUCAGGGCCAGCUACACGUUCCCCUGCCCACGCUCUCGGCGCUCCUCUCCCUUUCAAUAGCGCCACCUACGUCGUCCGCCGACGUACCUCGUGUCAUCGAGGACCUCAAAGCGAAGAAAGCUUGGUUCCUGGAGAACCAGGCGCGAGUCACGGCUGAGAACAAGCAGAAGGCGGAGACGCGGAUUAAGCAGCUCAUCGGCAAGUCGGAGAAGGUCGACGUGCCCACACCCGACGACCUCACUCCUCCCAACGGCGGCGGCGAACGUCCCGCGGAGCCCGCUCCUACACCGGCAAGCGUGGAUGUCCCGUCAUUAGCUGUCCCAAGCGAGGCGGUCAUCGACAAGCUGGAGGAUGUGGAGGAGGAGCAGAGCGGCGAGGCUGAUGAAUCAUAGCGAUGAUCGUGCACGGCUUGGACUUACUGCAUUUGUCGAUCCCGUGUAUAUUCGCUCAAUCUACUACCUAUACACCGCCUUUGAUGGGAUUAUUAAGGGCAUUGGUAUCGUAUUAUGAGACACUCCAUUUGCCCGCAGACCAUGGAGAUACAUUGCUGGAGUGA